ACGGCGCAUCCAUCAUGGAGUCCCUUCGAUAUAUGUCCUUGGUGCUAGCUGUUCUGAUUACUGCAGCCAAACCUUCGAACAUCCCGGGUCCUAAUGGCCUUUACACAAAGGUGUUCCGCAAGACUUACAACUUGGGGACUUCGAGUGAGCUCUACACUUACACCCCAGACUUGUCGACCAAAGGAAUCGACGAUGACAUUGAAAGUGUCCAUCAAACUGGCUUGUGGAUUUAUUACGAAAAUAAAGAUUACAACAAGGAAUUCCAAGGAAAGAUUCAUUAUGUGCACGGCAUAGGAUAUUCAACGGACUUUCCCACUAAGUUCAGAAAUAUGGCAUCUUCAGCCCGCUUCACCGGCCACAGGGUCGUCCUGAACGCCGACACCUGGAACAUCUAUGAAGGGCAUUACUUCACCGGAAGGGAGCUUUUCGGUACGAACGACACGGCCACCUUGGGAGAGCUUGACCUUCAAGUUUCUUCAAUUGUGGUCACGGGUACAAGCGCUUGGACUGUGUACACAGGCCAAUCCUUCACGGGCGAAGGGGUCUGCGUUUAUCCUGCCACAUUUCAUGACCGGUCGCCUUCGGGAGAGCGACUUGACGUCGGUGUUUAUGGAAUCGUAAGUUUGUUUCCCUGUUUAAAACUAGAAUGA